AUGAGAACCUGGUUCGGGCGCGGCAAAAAGCUGCAGCGCGCAGUCACAUCAUGUUGUCUCUGCGCCUUUGUCCUUUACGGCUACGACCAAGGCGUCUUUGGAGGUAUUCUCGAGAACGAGGACUGGCUACAACAAUUUGGUCAUCCCGGUGAUACUCUAACUGGCUUCAUUGUUUCAAGCUACAACCUGGGAUGUCUUGUCGGCUGCUUCAUGAAUUUUAUGCUUGGUGAGAAGCUCGGUCGCAGAUGGACCAUCUGGGUCGCCAUGGGAUGGAUUCUCGUGGGAGCUGCAUUACAAGCGACUGCGUUUACGCGCAGCCACCUUAUCGUCGGGCGAAUUGUUACUGGUGUUGGCACUGGCCUGAAGACGUCUACGGUGCCUAUGUACCAAUCUGAGCUCUGUGAAGGCACCAAGCGAGGUCGCCUCGUAUCAGCUGAAGUCAUGUUCGUCGGUAUAGGUAUUGCAUUUGCCUACUGGUGGGACUUUGCCUUUAGUUUUGUCGGAGGAGCGUUUGCGUGGCGCUGGCCCAUCGCGUUUCAAGCAGUGUUUGCCUUUUGGGUUAUCUUUGUCGUAUUCGGCGUACCCGAAUCUCCACGUUGGCUUCUUAAUCAUGGGAAGCGACAAGAAGCGACCGAAGUACUUUCCUCUAUCUACGACAAGCCCAUCGAUCAUCCCGACAUCAUUCGAGAGGUCAAUUCCAUCGAGGCCGCUUUGUCGACUGAGGCUGAAGUUGAAGGAAGCACGACUUGGGCUUCGACGUUUCGGAAGGAUAAAGUCAGUACGAGAUAUCGGGUUUUUCUGGCCUGGUUUGUUCAGUUCAUGAAUCAAGCGGGUGGUAUUAAUCUGGUGGUUUACUACAUCCUAACUGUUCUUACCAGCAACGUUGGACUAGAACACAAACUCGCACAAAUCAUCGCAGGAUGUAUCCAACUCAUGUUCCCCAUCGGUUCGCUUCUUCCCACUCUAGCUUUAGACAAGAUGGGUCGACGAUCAACAAUGAUGUGGGGAUCAGCUGGACUUUCCUUCUCCAUGAUGAUGGUAGCUGCACUUUUAUCCCAAGCCGACGAUACAUCUAGAGGAAGAGCAUUUGCUGCUGGAUCGGUUGCCUUCUUCUUUACGUAUAUGCUCAUCUUUGGUGCGAGCAUGAACUGUGUUCCUUGGGUCUACGUCCCCGAGAUUCUUCCUCUCCAUGCCCGAACUAAAGGCACUGCUAUUGGAGUUAGUUCAAACUGGCUUUGGAAUUUUACAGUGGUCAUGAUUACACCCAUCCUCAUUAAUCGCCUCCAAUGGAAAGCCUACCUCAUCUUCAUGGCAACCAAUUUAGUUUUUGUUCCAAUCAUUUUCUUUUUAUAUCCAGAGACUUCCAAUCUAGCCCUUGAAGAGGUCGAUUACAUCUUUGCUCGGGGUGGGAAUGCUGUCCAUGUGGCUAGUGAGAUGCAGAAGGAACUUGCUCUCCACGGACACUUGUCUGAUGAUAGACAUCUCAGAAGGGCUAGCAAUACGACCGAAAAGCCUAAGGAGAGGCAAGAUGAGUUCGUUGAGCAUGCGCAUCCUUGA